CCGAAUGUAGCACAAAUCCGCCCACAACUGACCACAUGGCGGAAGGCGGAAGUAUUUUCUAAAUAGUAUUUGACCUCAAAAUCAGGAGAUAUCCAUGCUGGUACAGUGUCUAAUGCAGUCUUAAUUUAACGUAGAUGCACUCGUUGUUCUAAUGGAUCCUAAUCUGCUGUAUUGGAAAAGCCACGGACAGUCUUUCUACAGUCGACUAAAGAUCUGGGUUAAUCUCCUUGAUCCAAUCUCCCUGCUGUCCUCUGAUGCCGAGAUAGAGAAGGCCCGCACUCUACUUGAAAGUGGAGAGAAACAAAAUGAAAAGGAUGAUCAUGCACAGAACCUCUCGCUCUCAUCCGUCCAUGCUGAUUCUGGGGCUGUGCUUCCACUAGUUUUCCGCCCUCCGGCAUAUAUGCCAAUAUCAGUGCCUCUGGUAGUUGGCAGCUUUUUGCCACAUGUCACCGUCAGUCCUGCUGUCUUUUGGCAGUUAUUGCUGCAGAGUUACAACGCUGGCUUCAAUUAUGCAAACAGGAAUUCUUCAUCUGAACAGGGUAGAAAAACAUCUUUGGUGCAGCUUCUGUCGAUGGCUGGGGCGGUCUCCUUUGCCACAUGUGCUGGGGCCCUUCCUCAAAUUUUUAUUUCCCGGCUUCGUAUCAAAAGCGCACCAAUUCAGAUUAUCUUAAGGACGAUAUUACCCAUACCACUCUCAGCUGCUCUUGCCUUCUUCAAUGUGUAUACUGUCAGAAGUGAGGAAUAUGCAAACGGGAUCCAAGUGUUUGAUUCCAAUGGAAAUCCUGUUGGCUUCUCUAAAGCAGCAGGAGAAAAGGCUGUGAUGGAGACUGCACUGUCAAGAGCGGCACUAUUUGGUGCAACUGCUGUUGUCCCUAAUCUCCUGGUUUUGCUCUUCCAGAGAUCAAGAGCUCUCCAGAGGUACUCUCGGCUGGUCGCUCCUCUCCGACAGAUGAGUGCUGUGUUUGUUAUGGGCUUGAUGAUACCGGUCUCAUUCAGUCUCUAUCCACAGCUGGGAAUGAUAAAGAGGAAAAAUUUAGAGAAGGAGCUGGGUGCUGGAGCACCUGACGGGCAGUUAUACUACCAUAGAGGACUCUGAAGAGCAGAUAUAAAAUCAACCAAAAUAAAGGUGUCAGACAUUUAUGUAUUAUGUUGCGGAGAUGUCUGCUUAAGUUACCAUGCUAACCAGCUAAACUGCAGUGGCUUUGUACCUCAAGAUGUGAUAGUUUGAUACAAAACAACGCCAAACACUCCCACAGGCCCUCUCAGCUCCCAGCCUGGCCUCGGAUCAAUAACUGCACAGGUAACUGGGCUCACUAGCUAAUGGAGGCUACAGUAGCAGCACUUCGUACCUACUCUGUUGAUUCGCUGCCUCAGAUCUGUUUGACCAAUUCUUACAUAGCGCACCUUCAGCAUCAUGCAGCUGAAAAAAUGUCCGAUGCAUGUACCAGACUCAAAGAUGAUAUUCUGCUUUUUCUCCCUGUUUCAUGUAAAUAAAACAUAUUUUAAAUAUUAAAACAAUAAAACAAGCAAGACGCUCCUU